AUGAAUUAUACCAACACCCACAACCCUACCCCUCAACAUCAACACAAACACCAACAACAACAACAAAAGGAACAAAAACAAACUUUUGAAAAGUUAAUACAUUAUUUAAAGACAGAGAAGAAUAAUCAAGAUGAUGAUGAUGAUGGUAUUGAUGAGGAGGAGGAUGAUUGUUAUGUAGUGAUAGAAGAGAAACAACGUAUGAUGAGGGUGCUACCUUCAUCUUCAUCUUCGUCGUCAUUGGUCACUACACCGAGAAGUUUAGAUACCUCUAUAGACUUUUCUUCACCUACUUCUUCAGUGUCAUCGUCUGCAUCUUCUUCAUCCAAUCUAUUGCUUCACAAGAAUAGUAGUAAUAAAUUACUUUAUCAUCAUUAUUCGAGUUCACUUCCAACUACACCUAGUUGUACUACAACAAAUUCAAAUACACUAGUAUCUCCAACUAACAGUAGUAUUAGUAGUUCGACUACACCAUCAACUACACCAUCAAUUCAACUUCAGAAUAAUCAUACUACUACUCUUACUCAUCCACAUGCUCAUGUUGAUGAACAACAUGAUUAUGGUACUAUAUCAUGUUCACCUCCAUCUUCUUCACAAUCUACUAUUAUUCAGCUGACUAUUAAACAACAAACACAAUCGUCGCAACAACAACAACAACAACAACAAUGUAGUGGAGAAGAGAUAGUAUCAAGUAUGAGUAGUUGUAGUAUAUUGAGUGCAUUGUCGUGUACUAGUACAUCUACGACAUCACAUUAUCGUGAAGAGUUGAAUACUUUGUUGGAAGGACCAUGGCAUGGUAUUUUGGAUGGACUUCCAUUGACGCUGCGUGAUCAUAUCAAGGUGUCGUACAUAAGACUACAUUCAUCAAUGUAUGAUAUUACAAGACAAGUUGCAAUGUAUUUAGAGUUGCAAGAGACCAUGACUAAAAUGUCGACCAUGUUGGUGUCUGACUUGAACUCGACCCAAUACAGUCAUUACACGUUUGGUAUAGAGGAUUAUGUGACGUCGGUGGUUGCCAACAACCAUCUGCUCUGGAAUAGUGCACACUACAUGACCAACUGGAUGGGCUUUGCAAACGACCUCGAUGCAAUAUCGGCCUUUUACAAGUGCCUCGUCAACGAUUUGGUAUUCCAACUGUUUUUUACACCGUUCAUGUCGAGUCGUGUCAAGAAGGUGCGGUCGAUAUACCGUGCGACACACGAUGAGAUGGCGUAUCGUGUGUAUUCGGCCGUUACGAUAGAGUCGGCUAUACGCCAGCUGACCGAGAUGAAAACGUUGUUUGAGAUGCUCGAGACACAGCAUGCAGCCUAUUGCACGAUGCAUGCUGGCAAUCUUCAACCACCACCCUUUUCACUACUCGGUCUUUUCACAACCAUCCUCUCCAACUCUAGUGCCUAUCUCGGACACUACCGUACUGCUUUUGGUGGUGACCUGCGCAGUUACCAGACAGGUACCAUGCUGCAACGGUUCACUCUCAACGGUAUCUCCAACUUUACACGUCGACUACGUCUCGCCAUCUACGAAGAUCCAAUCUUUCAAACCAUCCUAGAUUACAACAACCAAGAGUAUCUCUUACUCUGGAUGAUGGCAUGUUCCAAUAACAGUCAACAAUACUAUCUCAAUACUUGUAAUCCAUCGGCAUUCAAUUUAUCAUUUAUUUCAAAAUCUCCAAAUAUUUCUCCACUUUUAACUGUUUUAAAUGAGAUUAUUAAAAAAUUAGAGAUUUAUAAAAGAGUAUCAAUUAUAAGAAGAAAAGAUAUUAAAGCUUACAAGACAUUAUUAAAUGUUGCACCUACCGUACAACAAUAUAUGGAUAAAAAGGUUGACAAGGUUAAAUCAUUAUAUGAAUCGAUUUAUAAUGAUUGUUUACAAUUUUCAAAUCAAUUAAAAUUAAAUCAAACAACAACAACAGGCAAUAAUAAUAUUAGUAAUAAGGAAUUAAUUAAUUCAAUAUUUAAAUUAACAAAUAGAUGGAAUGAAGCAAUGCAAUCACUGUCAUCGAUAUUUUCACCCUCGACACCGAGAAUUUUAACAAAGAAGCCAAUCGCAUCUAGUUGGCACGCAUCAGCCUAUUUAAUGACGGCGUAUUGCGUGGCAACCUUUUUCAUACCGUCUCCCAAGAUGUUUGACCGUAUAUCGGGGACACCACCAUUCUUUUUCGAAACCAUGAUGCUCAUCAACUUUGACUAUUGUUUCCCAAAGUCAUCGAGGUACUAUCGCAUCUAUGAAGACUACCAAUCCGAUUUUGCACAGAUCACCGAUCCCGUCGAACGACUCGAGUCUCUCAACCGUCUUUGGGAUGACUGCUUUAAUUUGGGUGGUGUGUUAUUCUGUAGUUCUGAAAAGAUUUUUAGGCAACCAAUAGGACAUUUAAAUUAUUUAUUCGCCAUUCAAAUGAAUGCAACUCGAUUAUUUUUAGUUGGUGAUCCAGAGAUCAAAAACUUUAAAGUUUACAAUUUACAAGACAUGACCGAUAUUAUUUUACAAGAUACUUUUUUCUUUGCAAGUUCAAGGGCUGAUUAA